ACUACAAAGUGAGGUUAUGUUAUGAGCUCUGUUUGAUAUCGUGAAAUUUUUGAGUUUUCUGAAUUAAUUGGUGCCAUUUGUGGAAUCCAAGCAAUGCCUAAAAGUCCUGAAAAGCCGGUCCAAAAAUGGCACCACCCGUCCGAAGUCAUGAAAUUACACAAACUGAAAAUGAAGAAGAAAGCUCUUCAGGCGCGAAUUGCGGGGGGCAUUCUAAAGACAUCGCUUUCGGAUUCUAAGGAUAACAAAAAUGCAGCUUUGGAAGACAUCAUUUCGGCUAAAAAACGCAAAAACCCUUUUGCGAAAACCGAUGAAAGCAAAAAAUUCAAACUGGACGUUCCUUCAAUUUUUGAUGAAUCAACUGAUCAAACGUUAUUCAAGCUCUUGCAUCAAACUACACCAAGUACUACUUGCACCAGCGUUCCUUUGACUUCAUUUGAGAAUAUUUUAAGGAAAGAAAACGAGGCCGAAGUGGUGGUUGUGAAAGCACAAGGAGAGAAUGACAUUCCCAUUGACUGGACUUUGAAAACUAAGAUUCGUUUAUGGUCAGAACAGCAGUUUUCCUGGAGCCAGAAACUGAAAAUAAGUGAAGAAGCAUCAGGAACAACAGGAUUUGUUAGAUGUUUGGAUCAAAACACUGGCACAAACUUAGAUAUCUCUCCAAACUCAAAGUUUCAUCAGUGUUGUCUUUAUUGGCAACAGCCGUCUCUUCCAUGGCUCACACUCUUUCCGCGAUCUUCUGGAAAAGUUUCAGAGUCCGACUCUAGCAUUGUUACAAACGUUGCAAUGAAAAAUGCCUUACAAGAAGCUUGGAAAGACAGUUUAAAGUCCUUAUUUCAGUUAAUUAGAACAAAACAGUGUCCGUACUUUUAUGUGUGUUCUAAUAGCUUUACAGUGUUAUUUCGGGCAGCAGGUAUUAGCGGAAUUAGCGAUAUACAUGCGUUAAUUACCCCCACAACUCGGGGAUUCCGCCAGAUGCUAAAACAGGAAGAUAUUGAAUUUCGAAUGCCACUGAAAAAGAAACGAACCUCAGAUCAGGGAUACGAAACCUGGGAUUCUACCACGGGGGAAUUAGAAGUAGCCCCUGAUGAUGAGGAAUCACCAGACGAACAAUGGUUGCAAAGUAUGGGAAUUAACGCUGAUGAUAUCAAACAAAUCAAUUACACACAAGCAAAGAUCGUACAUAAAGCUGAAUGUGAAGUGGACAACAGUGAACAGAGUCUAGUCUUAAUUGAAGGAGUGGAAGUUCACGCUCUUUAUAAUUUUUUAAUUAAUUGUAAAAGUGCUACAAGUUUAACAGGACCUCUGGCGGGGAUUCCUCCGACACUUCUGGCACCAGUUGCGUUCAAUGGGGCAACACUAAAAGCCCUGAAAGUCAGGGAGAGUAAAGUGCAUGUUGACAAUUCUUAUUAUCAUUCAUUGGAAAUAUCAGGACCAAUUUUGCCAAGCACAAUUCAUAAUUUAUUUUCAAUUAAUCAAGCCGAACACAGUAUGAGCGCCACAUUCGUUAAUAUGGCGUCCACACUGCCGUUUAGCAAAGUUUUAAAAAGUAACGAAGAUAAAGACCCUAAAAGAAAUUCUAUUUUUGAUAAGGAAAAUUUAUCUGAUUGUGGCUUAAGUAAAAAGAUUCUUCAACAAUUUUGCAAAACAGACGUUUGCGUUACAAACAUUGAAUGUCUGAAGUACAGUGGUGACAACAAGACUUACACUUGGACCUAACUUAUUGUAAUUUUAACUUUUUAACUUAUUGAAUAAAAUAUACUUGAA